CCACACUAGCACCAGCUUCCUUUUACAGAUGCCCCUUCCCCGCUUCAGACUUCAUAUGAGGGGGCUCCCAUGAGGGGGGAAGGUGAUUGCCAUUGUUACCAGUCUGCUGGUCUUUCUCUGUACAUCGUUUUUCUGAUUCAAGUUGCCCAUCAUGACUGGAAGUCCAGCAGCGAUCAAGCUUAACGAGAACGGCAUUCCCAACUUCGACGCUCUCCCACUUCGAGAUGGUGACCCCAAGUAUUCCGCCUGGGGUUUAUACGGAGACAAAGACGAGUUGGGAACUCUAAACAGGCUCACCGACGAACGAGUUGCCGAAGCAGCAAAGAACGAGAUCAAGACUGGUGUGAGAAUCUCCCUAAACUGGCCUCUCAACGCCCAAAAAGACUCGGGCUUCUUCAACCGCAAGCUCUUCCACCAAGACCUCUUCGCCAAGCCGCCGCGGUGCGUCAACGACGACGUUUGGACCUUCAACACGCAGGUGUCCAGUCAGUGGGACGGGCUGAGACACUAUGCUUACCAGAAGGAGAGGAAGUUCUAUAACGGGGUGACGAUGGAGGAUAUUCAUGAGGAGGGGAGUGAUGUUAAUGGGGUUCAAGCAUGGGCCCAAAAAGGCAUGGUAGGCCGUGGCGUCCUCGUCGACCACCACUCCUGGCGUCUGGAGCAGAUCAAGAAGCCGAAUCCAGAUCCGAGACUGGUCAACUUUGACCACUUUGCUACUACGCCCAUUCCUCUUGAGGAUAUACAAGCUUGUUUGGAAAGUCAAGGGACGGAGAUUAAGUUUGGGGAUAUCCUUUUUAUACGAUCUGGUUGGAUCCAAACCCACACCCACCUUACUUCCUCAUCCCCCUCUACCCUUUUAUCCCAUCAACAAGUAAACCCCCCUUCCUUUUGCGGCCUGGAACCCUCUGUCCCGCUCUUCAACUACCUCUGGACCAACUUCUCCGCCGUAGCAGGUGACCAGCCCUCUCUCGAAUGCUGGCCACCUCUCGCUACCCGUGACCCCGCCACUCAUGGAGAGGAAUUGAGCUUGCACGAGGUGAUGUUAGCGGGGUGGGGGAUGCCGAUUGGCGAACUGUUCGAUCUUGAGGAGCUGGCGAGGGAGUGUAGGGACAGAAAGAGGUGGAGUUUUUUUGUCUGCAGUGAGGUGUGUAAUGUGGGAGGGGGGGUUGCUAGUCCUCCAAAUGCUUUGGCGAUCUUUUGAGGAUGGGAUCUUGAUGGAUUAUGGUGGAUGGAUAUUACGCCGGGUUUCUACGGGGACAUAUUAUGGUUGGUAAUGCUUUACGGGGAGGAAGAGAGAGGGCUGCCGUUGAGUGUCCUGUUCUGAAUAUAACGAGACAUGAUUUAUGGAUGCGAAUGACAGGUGAUCGGUCUUGCUAGACUGUUUGGUUGUGCAAGCAGUCACACGGAUGAACAUGACUUAGCUGCGCUUCUUCACAGCUAAACUGGCAUAUACGUUUUAAUGAGGCUACCAGAAGAUUACAAGAACGCAU